GCCUGACAUACUUCAUUUAAUCGUACCAGGAAAAGGUUUAGAAAAACUUUACACACCUUUUUAUUAUUUUAUUUUAUUUUCAUGAAUCUUUACUUUUUCAAGAAUGGGUGCUAUAAUGAUUUUGGCGUGUUGAUAUGUUUCAGACAUAUCGAAGUUCCCCAGCCAGCAUUCAGUCAGAUCUUGUACCUUAAACUUAAUGAAUUAGCUUAGUAAAGUUCAAAAUUGUGUAUCAGAUUCAGCAUUUUGGAAACAGCUACCAAUACUUUAAAGGGUUAUUUUGUUGUUGUUGUUGUUGUUGUUUAAAGUAACCUCCUACACUGUUGACAUGGACACGUAUUUGUAACUAAUGUGGGACUCGACUUGUUGAUCUGUGUCUCCGUGGCUAGCUGUUAGCGUUAGCGGCCUCUUUCACAUCCCUGCUGGAGAACCACACACACAGUUAUUAAAUGCGUGAUUAAAUCCUUUUUUUUCCUCGGACACAUUUCUGAAAACUCCUCACAAAUGUCAACGCGGAAUCAAGGAUUAGGAGUCAUCGAGCAUUCUUCUGCACAGACCCCCACAGAAGCCAAAGCAGGAGGACGUUCAAGCAUGUCACGAAGCCGCAACACGAUCAGCAUGCCAACGGACGAGCAGCCGCAUGUUGGAAACUACCGUCUGCUCAAAACCAUUGGCAAGGGCAACUUUGCAAAAGUUAAAUUGGCCAAACAUAUCCCCACAGGAAAAGAGGUGGCAGUGAAAAUCAUAGACAAGACCCAGCUCAAUUCUUCCAGUCUUCAAAAACUCUUCCGAGAAGUGCGAAUCAUGAAGCUUUUAAACCAUCCUAAUAUAGUGAAGUUAUUUGAGGUGAUUGAGACUGAGAAGACACUGUAUUUGGUUAUGGAGUAUGCCAGUGGAGGCGAGGUUUUUGAUUACCUUGUUGCUCAUGGAAGGAUGAAGGAAAAGGAGGCUCGUGCCAAAUUCAGACAGAUCGUUUCUGCUGUGCAGUAUUGCCACCAGAAGUGCAUUGUACACAGGGACCUAAAGGCUGAAAACCUUUUGCUAGAUGCAGAUAUGAACAUUAAGAUAGCAGACUUUGGUUUCAGCAAUGAGUUUACCGUGGGAAAUAAGCUGGACACGUUCUGCGGCAGCCCCCCCUACGCCGCCCCUGAGCUCUUUCAAGGCAAGAAGUACGACGGGCCCGAGGUGGACGUCUGGAGCUUGGGGGUCAUUCUCUACACACUGGUCAGCGGCUCCCUGCCCUUUGAUGGACAGAACCUGAAAGAGCUUAGAGAGCGUGUAUUGAGGGGGAAGUACAGGAUUCCCUUCUAUAUGUCUACAGACUGUGAGAAUCUGCUGAAGAAAUUCCUUAUUCUCAACCCAACCAAAAGAGGCAGUCUAGAGCAGAUCAUGAAGGACCGCUGGAUGAAUGUGGGUCAUGAGGAGGAGGAAUUAAAACCCUACAUAGAGCCCCAGCCUGACUAUAAGGACCCCAAGAGAACAGAUAUAAUGCUGCAAAUGGGCUACACACAAGAGGACAUUCAGUAUUCACUUGUCAACCAAAGAUACGAUGAAAUUAUGGCAACUUACCUUCUGCUUGACUACAGAAACUCUGAGCUUGAUGAGGGUGUCAACAUGCUGAUCAAACCACGACCAGGAAGUGACCUCACAAACAGUAAUGCACCGUCUCCACCUCACAAGGUACAACGCAGUGUGUCCUCUACUCAGAAACCACGAAGGCCCGCAGAUCAGGUCACAUACUCUAAAAGGCCUCAGGGGGAUAACAAGUACACAGCUGAGGAUUCUGGACGAAAAGGGUCCAGUGGCUCGACCAAAGUGCCACCCAGCCCCAUCGUCCCAGGAGACAAAAAGAGCUCCGCACCCUCCACUAACAGUAUCCUAUCCACGGGCACGAGCCGCAGCAGAAACUCUCCACUCACUGAGAGAGCCUUGCUGGGAGUCCAAAACGGCAAGGACAGCCUGAACACACCCGGGUCCCGCGCCUCCACGGCCUCGGCCGGCGCCGUACUCACAUCCUCCUCGUCCUCGCGUUCCCGUCAUCACAAGUCCAUGUCCUCCUCAGCCCACCCCUGCCCCGCUGACCUGCACGCACACCAGCCCAGUGGUCCUCCCCAGAGAGCGCCUGGUGCAUCACCAUCAGCUUACAACAUCAGCAGCACAACAGGGCCUGAGCGUACCAACUUUCCACGAGGUGUGCCUGCUCGAAACACCUUCCACAUCGGUCAGCAGAGAGGGGCACGGGAUCAGCAAGGCUCACCAUAUCACGCUCCUCCAGCCUCGCCUUCCCUGUCUCAUGGCACCAGCCAACAGCGGAGACCACCAACCUCAGGCAUCUUCAGCAAAUUCACCUCCAAGUUUGUGCGCAGAAAUCUAUCAUUCAGGUUCCCCAGAAGGAGCCCGUAUGAGGGAGAGAGUCGAGACGAGGGCAGCAGAUCCAUGCUGAGCAGUGCUGACAAGGCAGAGAAGACCGGAGUAGGAGGUGGGACACUCGGCUCAGGUGGUGGGGACGAAAACAAGGACUCGCUCUCCUCCUCCUCUCCACGGGAUGGAACUCCACCCCUGUCAGCGAAGGACGGAACCAAGCCUCGCUCGCUGCGCUUCACCUGGAGCAUGAAGACCACGUCGUCCAUGGAGCCCAGCGAGAUGAUGAAGGAGAUCCGUAAGGUUCUGGACGCUAACAGCUGCGAAUAUGAAGUGCGUGAGCGCUACAUGCUGUUCUGCAUGGCUGGCAAGCCUUCCCAUGACGACUUUGUCCAGUGGGAGAUGGAGGUGUGCAAGCUACCACGCCUGUCCCUCAACGGCGUGCGCUUCAAGAGGAUUUCCGGCACUUCCAUCGCCUUCAAGAACAUCGCUUCCAAAAUCGCCAAUGAGCUCAAACUAUGAGGGGGGAGAGCGCGAGUGUUAAAAUGGGGGUUGAUGGUUUGAUGAUUUAGGGGAAAGCAGGAAGGCAGGCAGUAACCACUGAAAUGAGUUGUCUCAUAAUAAAUGGACAGAUGUUGCGGUUUUGAUGAAAUAAGCUGUACAGAUACUAGAUACUACACUCUGAAAUACAGUUUGGGGUGUGAGAGAGAAAGUGCUGUAUAUGUUGAUUUUGCUGGUUUCAGGAUCACUAGCCUUUACUCUCAUUUAUCAGUCCGGGGGGGUGUGUGAAAGGAAAGAAACGCAGUUGUUUUGUUUUACUUUUGUCCACUAUGAGAAAAUCCUGAUUUGAUAAACUCUUCUGAGUUUUGUGAACUCCUUCUGGUCUUCAACUCAUCAUUCGCACACGCACUGGACAUCUGGACAGAGUUUAUGCUACCUGCACACGCUUUCAUUUGUUUUGCUGUGUGGAUCGGGGUUAGAGUUUGCCCACAAACCUACUCUCGCCCAACAUUUCUUCCUUUUUGUUCCGUCAGCGGGUUUUUAACCUCAUCGGCACCACCGCUUGAAUACCACUCAAGGGAUUGUGUGUUUAUGGUUUGGGUGAUUUUUUAGUUCUUCAUUGACUGGGUUGUGAUUUGUUGCACUGGAAUGGGUGUAUUUUUGUUGUUGUCCCCCCUUCCCCCCCUUUCUAAAGAGAAAUCAAAUGUACUUCAAUGUUGUAAAAUCAGUGAUUUAUGCAUUGUUAUCCUUUAGGAUGUUUUUUUUUUCUUGUGGUUUUAAAAUCCGUUCAUAUCUUGCUGUAAUGAAUGAAAUGCACAACACACUCCAACAAACCUCCUGUUCCCCUUGGACUAAACAAUCACUGGAAAAGACACUGCGAAAGAGGACAACAUGGCCUGCAUCAGCACAGCUGUCAUUACGAGAACUGAUAUAUAAACGCCCGUUUGGGCUUCAUCUGUUAGCCCACCUUCCAAAUCCCGGAGGCCUACGCCUGAAAGCUGCAGUGGUUUGGUAGCAAAUUAAAUGAGUCCCAAACAUCA